AUGCCUCUGUCCACGGCUGAUCCCAUUGCCUCAGGAAAUACUCCUGUAUCCUCCAACGGUAUUGGUAUUGUGACACCCGACUCGGCACCCUGGACAGAGCUUGUCAUGGCCUCCCCCUCAGCUUCAUUGUCUCCUGCUGUUCCGAAAUGGUCUCCCUCUCAACCUCUGAAUCCUAUUUCGGUGGAAGAUGAGAUCAUGACUGCCAGGCAAGAGGCGGCCGGGCGCUUCCGAAUUGUCAAUAUCUCUUCCGAAUCAUACUCCGUACCACGUCCUGAGGCUCAAGUCUUGGAGCUGAAAGCUCCUCGCACCGAUGCUAGUCUUGGGGUCAACAUACGUGCUUUGGAAACCUUCUGUCGAUUACCGAAUCCUGACCUGGUGGAUGAUGAUCGCUAUGAACAGUUUGAGGUGGCGUUUCAUCAUAUUCCGAAAGCCUUUGACGCGUUGCGUCAGGACUACCUCAUUGAGACCCAGCAUAUAUCCAAAUGUGUUCAAGUGGAAUGGUUGGAUCCCCCUGGUUUAUUACCCGCCGACAUCAGGGGAAGACAUGGCCUCUUCUUUGUCUCCGACGGUGCUGUCGCCAAUAUCCGAAAAGGGGUCUGUUGUCUGAUCCGCCCGAAAGCUGCAUAUCACGGUCAACCGAACCCGUUGACAUUACUUCGGAUUUCGCCACAUCUCCGAAACCUACUCCACGAUGCUGCAACUCUGGUGGGAACGACUGAGUCACGUCUUCCGCUUCGGUGGUACAAUUCCUUCUGCAAGAUUCACCCCUAUGUCCUAUGGGUCAAGGCAAAUUAUCCCGAGCGUCUUCCUACCACCACUGACUUCCAAACUGCCAUCCGAACGGCUCUGCGGCAGGAAAGGCUGGAUCGGCUACCACUGGCGGCGAUAAGUAUCUUACAUGAGGCCAAUCCAAGCUCUUUCCUGCAUUGCGAAUAUCCUGAAGGCCUGGUACUCGGUGGCACUCAGCCAUUCCCAGCGGACUCUUCGUUCAUUGCAAUCAUCAGUCCGAAACAUGCAUUGCAAUCAGCAAUUCGGCAUGCCACAGAUCGGGGCCUCUUUCUUGAUUCGUCUUGGAGAAAUAAGAAUGCAAUACGCUGUCCCGUCACCUUGCUAGCCACAGUGAAUGAAUAUGGUCAUAUGGUCCCUGUAGCUGUCAUGGUCUCGAAUCACGCCAACACCGAUUCCUACACCGAAUUCUUGAGCGUUAUCCGAAAGGCUAUCAAGAAAGAAGCGAAAGCAUUACUCAAGGGCAAAUCAUCAGUGGUCUCCGAAUAUGAGAAUGAAGAGCAAAUCCUCAUCAACGCCGAAUACAUCCACGAGGAGGAUUUCCUUCCACUACAUUUCAUGAUUGAUUGUGAUGACGCCGAACGAAAGGCCAUUGAGGAGGUCUUCCCGGGAACUCCAAUUCGGUUAUGCCAAUUUCAUUUCAUGCACGCCGCCCGAUCUCGAGCACUUCGGCUAUUUGGGAGUGAUCUGGUGGGUACCGAAAAGGCCUUUGCCUUCCUUGUGGCACUUCGGAGGUGCCAACGAUGUUCCGAAGAGGAGUCUUGGUCAGAAGUUUUUGCUCGACUAGAAGCCGAUGUUGCGGCAAUCAGCAAUAACGAUCCCGAAAUUUGGGACAAAAUCAGAACCUGGCUCCUGUCUGAAUGGUUCAGCGACAGAUGGAGGGGAUACCUUGUCGACUAUGGUCUGCCACCUCAUCACACCCGAGAUGGUACUCUCUCAACAAACAACUUUGUCGAAGCGGCAUUUCGGACCUUUGACAGAGUAUUCCUUGAAUCUCGAGCCAACAAACGUAUAGACAAACUCCUCACAAUCAUCAUCGACGUUUACUUUCCCAUGUAUCUCCAUUCACCACCAACAUCUGCCCGCUGUGACCCCACGGUUCUGUCACACAUACUUCAAGGACUGGAGCUUUGGGAGCAAGGGGCGGUUAGGGAAUGUUUCGGACACGAGAUGCCUAUGUCAUUGAGAGGUCAAUUAGAUCAUACAUAUUGUGUGACAUCAUCCGAAUCGAGCAAAACAACACCGGACUCACAUUACUGUGGGAUCAAAGACAAAACUCGUGAACGAUGCUCCUGCAGAUACUUUACCGAAACAGGCAAAAGGUGCUCGGGUCUCUGGGCAUUGUACUGCUUUCACACUUGUGGCUCCUCCGAAAAGUAUUCUAAUGGUGUCACGGCAAACGAACUGCGACUGCAGACUCGAGCUAUACAGCUACAACGACGGUUAGGAGAGAUAUCUUAUCCAUUGGAUCAAGAAGACCUUGUUGCCUAUUGGGGACAUGACCCUUCGGAGCCUGUGUGGCAUGAUUGGUCCUCCGAGCAGCCUCCGAAACAGGGCAAGCUCAUCAGCAUUGAUAGUGCCAACCUUGAUUUUGUCGAGCCCGAUUCGCCCAUUACCCGCCGAAACCGAUUCCUCAACCAUGCUGACGACCAUCCCUCAACCACUGCCACGUUACCGGUUUCAAGACCAGAGGCUGAUAAGGGUGGCCGUCCAGCAGCUCACCGCCCUCUGCAUCCUUAUCGCCAAAAGACAGCCCCCACAAAAGCUGGCAUUCCUCGGGACGCACUACCACCACGAGAUCGACCUGUUGGAGCAAAGAAUUAUCUUCAAUCCUGUUUUGCUCUGUCAUUGUUCCAUAUUGUCUUCCGAAUCCCAGCCUUCGUGUCCGCAUUCAACGAAGCUAAUGACGCUCUCAGGCCUCACGCACCUUCUUUGAUUGUGUUACUAGGUGACUUUCUUAAAGCCAUUUCGGUAACUAGACGGCUGGUGGAUCUGAAGGACAUUGUACCGAUCCUCCGAAGUGAGAACUUGAUAGAUGAAGAAUCUCAGCAUGAUCCUCCCUGUCAGGCAAGAGACAUCCUCACUGGAGAGGCAAAUGACCGUUCUCCAAAUCUAUCCACAUGGCUCAUCACUUAA